UCAGAAGUGGAAAAGGGAACAUAUGCCAGGAAUGGGCAGGUGCCUGGUUCUGCCCCAUUGGGAGGUGGGGCCUCCCUCAAAGGCAAGAGAGCCUCUGGACUGCGUCUUUCCAAGGUGGUGACCACCUGUCAGGAUUGGAGAUGCUCUCCUAUAGGGGGAGAGGUAGCAGGCUGGAACUUUGUCAAGCAGCAAUGGAGGUCGGUUGGGCUUCGCCAUUUCUGCAAGCCUCGGGAGGGACCAGGAGGGACCAGGACCCCUGUAUUGACGUUGGGGCUGAGAUGCUGCUGAUGUUUCCACUGGAGAAAGGCGAAAAGGCUCCGAAAUGCUUCCUCCGCUGCCGUGGGAGAGGGCAAGGAAGACGUCCUUCCUUUCUGGACACCUCUCAGGGAUGCCAUUCAGUUGGAACCUGAGUCCCGUCCACAGGUAACACGGGGCCGCAGUGGGUGUCCAGAGUGUGUGAAGGGUUCCCAGAAUCAGAGCUCUGCUGGGGAGAGAAGUGGGGACCACUGCUGGGGUCCAGGAUGGCAGCGGAAGCAGAAGCACAGACACCCCAGCCCCACCCAGAUCCUGGCAGUCAGGAGCCCCUUAGUCCAGGUCCCCAAGAGGCCCCAUGGAGCCAGGACACAGGCGGGGCCACAGUGCUGCUGGGUUGGUGGUGUCUGCUGCCCUGAGGGGCAGGGCCUGGCAGUGGCUCUGGCCCGUCGACUCCCCGAGUCAAGGGUCGGGCUUUGCCGUGACCAUGGGGACCUGAGGCCAAGAGCAAGGGGGCCUCAGCUCCUCCCGGCUAAAGGACGAAGCACCUGAGGAGGACCCAACAGAUUCCGGGUAGGCUGCCCCUCCCCACAGCAGGUACCCAGAGACCUCUGUCCUGAGGACCUGCUCUGCUCCUCGAAGAGACGCUGCACCAAGGGUGGCUCAUCUCAGGACCGAAAUGGGGACGGUUUGCACCAGGACGUUUCCUGGCCCCUGGCCAGGUUCUUACCCUGAAGGUGAAAUGGCCACAUUGAUGUCAUGCUUCACGGCACCUUGCAUGACAAGCACACCCCAGGACCCUGUUCCUUCUGUGUGAUGUGGCCCUGGUGAGCCCCAGGACUUUGUGUAAGCAGGCCUCCAAGUUCUUUCUGUCCCUAGCCUGUCCCCUACAGCCAGAGGUGAUUGGGCCUCUGUGUGCAGCUCUGCUGGAGGUGCUGCCUGUCCCGCAGCUGUCCUAGAGUGGCUGAAGAGAGGGCCUUUCCCUCUCUCAGGGCCACCCAAUGUGAGCACCAGUCUGUCCCUGAUCUUAUCCUCUGUCUCCUAGGGGAUAGCAGAAGGAUGGUUACUGGGAAGCAGUCCUGGAUGCCAGGGUUAGGGUUAGGGCAGGUUUAGAGAUUGGGUGUUCCCAGGGCUCAGGCGCUGCUAGACACAGGAUCAGAUAGGAUCACAACACAUAGAGCAUUACUCUGGCCCCUUUGUCUCAGAGUCCACAGGGAGUGAUAGCAGCGUCCAGGUGAAACAUCCACUCCUGGAUGGCUCUUGCCUCCGGCAGGCAUUUCUCACCCCAAAUAUCAGGGGAAACAGAGGUAAAGGCAUUGGCACUGCCCUAUGUGGCCAGUGUCUGCUGGGCAGGAGCCCUGUGGGGUGCCAAGAAGGUGGGAAGGCUCUGGGUGGGCACCCGGGCAGAGAGCAAAUAGGGGCUGAGUCACCUCCCAGAGCCCACUGCCUUCAGGAAGCUGGUCACAUCUACACUCUGCAUCCUUCACAGUCUGACGACACAACCAUGGUGUUGGCAGCCUGCUCAGACCAUGGCCCACCUCCAGCAGUCCCAGCUGAGCCUGAGUGGGCAGUCGAGGGAUGGCUCUGCUGUGUGGCACUGAGCUGCAGAGGGCAGCUUUUCCCAUGGGUUCCGGCAGGAGCCUGUUCGCUUCACCCAUUAGAGUAAGGCUUCCUCCCACAGGUGCUGGGAAUCGCUGGGCCACCCCUGGCCACAUCCUGCUUCCUACUUCUCAUCUGCAUGUUACUCUCUGGACCCUCGAUCCUGCUCUGGAUAUCUCUGGGCCAUGUGGGUCCAGAGGUUCUCUGGGGUCUGCAGGGGACAGGGAAAGGGGGGAUUACUAGAACUCCUGCAGUAAGCCUAGUCUCCUGGGAGCCAUGACAGCACAAGGGGGAUUAAUUAAUAUAUAGACAGAAAUGAGACUUAGAGAAGAAGCUGAGCUUUGGGCCUGAUCAAUGGGGCUCUGGGCAGCAAAGAGGAAAGACUCAGAGCUUGCCACACCUUUGUUUGGUACAUCAGGAGUAACAAAUGUAACAGGUGACUCAGCGGGCAGCACAGUGACAAUCCUAGAACAGUGAGGAACUAUGCAGAUGAAGAUUUUGUUUCUCCCAGGAUGUCUUCAGCUGGCGUAGUCCUACCCUGGAGCAUCACAACAUCAUCAGACCCUUGAGGUUUUAGCUCUGACCGGAGGCAAAAAUGGAAUUAUGUCUCAACGUGCCAUAACUGGCUUGUAGGCUUGAAAACUAGACCUAACCAUAAUUUUAAUUGUGAAAUGAUUUUUCUCCAAAAUUAUGUAGAAUUGCGCCCUACAGGGUUCAACUCAGUCUUCACUUGGGCUGCAACAAAGGGUUCCCUUUCUUCGUGCCUCCUUCCUCAUCCACCCUCAGGGAUUCACCCAAAGGUUCUUCCUAAUACAUGCUUAAACAUAAGCCCUGGGGUGCAGUUUUGGUGGAAGGCUGAUGGAGCAAGCUAGCAGCACCUUGCUGAGGCUGGCUUUUCCUGGGAGAAAGCGGCUUUGGGGUCACUGCAGGGAGAGCCGUCACUCGAACAGGAGCAGGCUGCUCAGAGCAUGGACUCUGUUGGCCCCAGCUGACAGGAGCCUUAGGAGGAGGGAGGGUGCUCGGUCUCAGGAGUUCCAUGUGGGGUGGACAACAGGAUAACGGGACCCUAGGGUUUGGCUGGGCAUCCGAGGGGCAGGCAAAGCCAAAGCAUGGCUCUACAGAAGGCUAGGUUGGACAGGACAGCAGCUGGGGCCUGAGGCUUCUCAGAAGAGCUAGGCUGGGGUUACCUCCCCUGAGCAGGCUGGGGAGCCUGGUUCAGAUGUCCACGCUGGGACAUGUGUGUCAUUGGCACACAGAGGCAUCUUGGGAGGACAGCAGGAUGAGACCCAGCCCUAGGCAGGGCCACCACACACAAAGUUCAGGGUUGGGGAGGGCAGAGCAGAUCCCAGGAGAUCCACUGGGACCCACCCACCCAGCAGGUGGAGGUUGGGCAGAGGAUCCUGUGGGUGGGGAGCUUAUUGUGGCAGCAGCCCUGCUGGCUGCGGUAGUCCCUAGGGCUGCCUGGCUUCUGCUUAGCAGUCACCUUUAAUGGGAUCUCCGUUUUCCCAUCUUGCUGGGCCACCAGCUGCAGGUGGCACUGCCAGAGCCUGAGUUCUGACUUCUGGGCAUAUAGGGCUGUGGUUUCAGUGCUCUGGUCCUGAGGAAGGGGCUGAGCCCAGGCCUUAGGGGCUCUGGCUGCACCCAGGAUCAAGGAGGUCCGCUGAGGACACAGCCCCACCCUGCUUCUGUGGGUCUCUCUGGGGGCAGCACUGUCUCCCAGCAGUCUUGGGUGGGGUCUCCCCGGUGGGGUGGGGAUACAGGCACAAGGGCGGCCACUGAGCUCCACAGACCCAGACUGUAAUUUGGGCUCUGUUAACGGGUGGAGCUGGGCAGCAGGGCGGGCACAGGGCUAUAAGCAGGCCAGGCACCACCCUGGAAGCAGUCUGAGCAAGUGAGACGGCACUGGAACCCAUGGACACGUCGUUCCCCCGUGAGGACCCUCGGGCCCCAACACUUGGCAAGGCUGGUGGUGCUGCUCCCGUGGCCCUCAUGCUGGGAGCACCGAGCCCUCCACCCCGUGACCACUUGAUCUGGUCCAUCUUCAGCACAAUCUACCUGAACCUGUGCUGCCUCGGCUUCCUGGCACUGGUGCAUUCAGUCAAGGCCCGAGACCAGAAGGUGGCUGGGGACCUAGAAGCAGCACAGCGCUAUGGCUCCAAAGCCAAGUGCUACAACAUCCUGGCCAUCAUGUGGACCCUGGUCCCCCCACUACUGCUCCUGGGACUGGUGGUGACUGGAGCCCUGCACCUGUCCCGGCUGGCUAAGGACUCUGCGGCAUUCUUCAGCACCAAGUUCGAUGAUGCAGACUAUGACUAACAAGCUGGGUCCUUGUCCUGACAGAGCACCCCAGUCCCUGUGAUAGGGCCUCAAACCCUGCCUGGCCCUGACCCUAGAGGCACCCCAGGCUCAUCAUGGGCACCCAAGGUUGACCCACUCCGACCCCAGGGACCUCAGCCCAGCUGAAAAAGGGCCCCCAGCCCCUCACUCACUGGGCUCAGUCUCUGUUCACAAUUAAAAUUGCCAGAUGGGGUCAGGGAUUUAGCUCAGUGUUGCCGAAACUGCCUCAAAAAUGCAAGGUCCUGAGUUCGAUCCCCGGUAGCAACCCUCCCCCCAAACAAAACAAAACAAAAAAAUAAAAGUGCCAGAUGCCAGAGA